GUCAGCUGAUCCCAGCCAUCGCAAUCACUUGCCUAAUUCAUCAGAUUUCCAUCACUCCGGAUCAUAUGCUGUAUCCAGCUCACCACCUCCUUGCUGUGCUUUGUGAGCUAUGACUCCAGUAUCUGCAGCUUCCAUUUACCACUGGGCAAGAGAUAUGAACACAACCUUCUCUGCUGAAGACAGAUGAAUGGCUAACAAACAUUUGAAAAAAAUUCUCGUUGUCCCUGAUCAUCAGAGAAAUGCAAAUCAACACCACCCUGAGCUAGUGACAACUGGGCUGCUCAAAGCAGAAAGAACUCUGAGCUGAGCAGUGGAGGCUUCCUGGAUCUGGAGAGAAGAGGCAACCUCGGAACCAAUAAUGAACCAUCCUGAAUAUAGGCCCAACCUCCGGACCUUGGGGACCCCCAGAGGUGUGUCCUCUGUGGUUGGCCCACAAAGCGUUGGUGCUUCGCCAGGUGACAAAAAGGCAAAGAACAAGUCCAUGAGAGGGAAGAAAAAGAGCGUAUUUGAAACCUAUUUGUCCAAAGAGGAGGUUUCAGAAGGUUUGAAGAAAAGGACACUUAUCCAGGGUGUAUUGAGAAUUAAUCCAAAGAAGUUUCAUGAAGCCUUCAUUCCUUCCCCGGAUGGUGAUCGAGACAUUUUUAUUGAUGGGGUUGUUGCUCGUAAUAGAGCCUUAAAUGGGGAUCUGGUGGUUGUAAAACUGCUUCCUGAGGAGCAGUGGAAGGUAGUUAAACCAGAGAGCAAUGACAAAGAAACAGAAGCUGUCUGUGACUCAGAUCUCCCUGAGGAGCUCUGUGGACACCAUAUUCCGCAGCAGUCCCUGAAAAGCUAUAAUGACAGUCCUGAUGUCAUUAUAGAGGCUCAGUUUUAUGAUAGCGACUCAGAAGAUGGACAUGGCAACACACAAAAUGUGCUGGUUGAUGGUGUAAAGAAGCUCUCAGUUUGUGUUCACGAAAAAGGAAGAGAGGAUGCUGGUGUACCAGUUAAAAAAGAUGAGGACACCUUCAUGUCACAAGACACGAGAGGUUUACCAGAGAAAUCUCUGCAAAGAUCAGCAAAGGUGGUUUACAUCUCGGAGGAAAAACAUUCUCGAGCAGCAACGGGCUUCCUCAAACUCUUGGCUGAUAAGAACAGUGAACUGUUUAGGAAAUAUGCCCUGUUUUCUCCCUCAGACCACCGAGUGCCUAGAGUUUACGUGCCUCUCAAGGACUGUCCCCAGGACUUUGUGACACGACCUAAAGAUUAUGCCAACACACUGUUCAUCUGCCGCAUCGUGGACUGGAAGGAAGACAGCAAUUUUGCCCUGGGGCAGCUGGCUAAGAGUCUUGGACAGGCUGGUGAAAUUGAGCCUGAAACAGAAGGAAUACUAACAGAGUAUGGUGUGGAUUUCUCUGAUUUCUCCCCAGAAGUUCUAGAAUGUCUCCCUCUAGGGCUGCCAUGGACAAUUCCACCAGAGGAGUUCAGCAAGAGAAAGGAUUUAAGAAAAAGUUUGCUGACACCUGUUAUGGACCAUUCUAAUUUCAAAAGGCAAGACUGUGUCUUCACCAUUGACCCAUCAACUGCCCGAGACCUUGAUGAUGCCCUCUCCUGCAAGCCACUUGCUGAUGGCAAUUUUGAAGUGGGAGUUCACAUCGCUGACGUGAGUUACUUUAUUCCUGAGGGAUCUGAUCUGGACAGAGUGGCUGCUGAGAGAGCCACAAGUGUCUACUUGGUUCAGAAGGUGGUCCCCAUGCUUCCUAGGUUGCUGUGUGAGGAGCUGUGCAGCCUCAACCCCAUGACCGACAAGCUGACCUUCUCUGUGAUCUGGACACUGACUCCAAAGGGCAAGAUCCUUGAUGAAUGGUUUGGUCGGACCGUCAUCCGCUCCUGCACGAAACUGAGCUAUGAGCAUGCACAGAGCAUGAUUGAAAGCCCAACUGAGAGAAUCCCUGAGAAGGAGCUGCCCCGCAUUUCUCCAGAGCACAGCAGCGAGGAGGUACACCAGGCUAUCUUGAACCUCCACGAGAUUGCAAAGCAGUUACGUCAACAGCGCUUCGUGGAUGGCGCACUGCGUUUGGAUCAGCUAAAGCUUGCCUUUACUCUGGACCAUGAGACUGGAUUGCCUCAAGGAUGUCAUAUCUAUGAGUACCGUGACAGCAACAAGCUCGUGGAGGAGUUUAUGCUCUUGGCCAACAUGGCAGUGGCUCACAAGAUCUACCGUGCCUUCCCUGAACGGGCCUUGCUACGCCGGCACCCUCCACCCCAGACAAAGAUGCUCGACGACCUGAUAGAAUUCUGCGACCAGAUGGGGCUACCCAUGGACUUUAGCUCUGCAGGAGCCCUCAAUAAAAGUCUGACCAAAACAUUUGGAAAUGACAAAUACUCACUGGCCCAGAAGGAGGUGCUCACCAAUAUGUGCUCCCGGCCCAUGCAGAUGGCGGUGUACUUCUGCUCGGGGCUGCUGCAGGACCGGGCACAGUUCCAGCACUACGCCCUCAACGUGCCGCUGUACACACACUUCACCUCUCCCAUCCGCCGCUUCGCCGACGUCCUGGUGCACCGGCUCCUGGCUGCUGCUCUAGGCUAUAGCAAGCAGCUGGAUAUGGAGCCUGAUGCCCUGCAGAAGCAGGCUGACCACUGCAAUGACCGCCGCAUGGCGUCCAAGCGUGUGCAGGAGCUCAGCACUGGCCUCUUCUUUGCCAUCCUUGUCAAGGAAUGUGGUCCCCUGGAGUCAGAAGCCAUGGUGAUGGGUGUCCUGAACCAAGCUUUUGACGUGCUGGUGCUGCGCUACGGAGUCCAGAAGCGCAUCUACUGCAACGCCCUGGCCCUGCGGUCCCACAACUUCCAGAAGGUCGGCAAGAAGCCGGAGCUCACGCUUGUCUGGGAGCCUGAGGAUAGUGAGCAGGAACCGGCCCAGCAGGCUCUGCCACAGGUCAUCACCAUCUUCAGCCUGGUGGAAGUCGUCCUGCGGGCAGAGACCACGGCCCUCAAGUACAGCGCAGUCUUGAAACGGCCAGGCACCCACAGCCUCCUGGGCCCUGGGGAGGAGGAAGACCACGAUGAGGAGUCUGCAGACGAGCCAGACGACUGAGGCCAGGCACCUGCCCCUGCCCACUGGCUUGUAGGACCUGUUGACACCAAAAGGGAUUUUUAAUUUGGCUUUUAUUAACUCAGGGGCUUGUUUUUAUUUUUAUUUUUGCAUUGUAUUUUAUUUUUGCAGCUCCGUUUUUAAAUGAACUGCAGGGGAGGAGUGGAACUGGACAGAAGGCUGAGGCCUGGCCAGGGCUGACCCCAGCAGAUUGGGCCCCAAUUUGCCUAGCUGCCACCCCUCUCCUGCCCAGUAACCACUGCCAUCCCCUGCCCAGGAAAUGGGGGAUUUCAGCAAAUCAGUGUCAUGGAAUAAAAUCAAGUGUGAACUGCUGUCUGGUGUGUGGGGUACCACUCAGAAGCCGGGCAGUGGGUUCUCCUUACACUCCAGGCAAGGACAGCAGACUGGGCUCAGGCUUCACCCCUCACAGCUGAGCUGGGUCACCACUCAGAAACUCCCUGUCAGUUCUAGCAUGAUUCAGAGCUGGCCACAUGGCAGAUUGAUGCCAGAGUCUCAUUCUGGCUGAUUAAAAAAUGUAAUUAGUAUGCAGGACAGUGAGCUCACCCAUCACCCUGACGCAUGUGCCCAUGUCCACCCCGCCCCCACUUCCUCUCUGCAGCCACCCCGUGUGGCCUGGUAGGCAUAGGUCCUGUCACACCCCCUCCCCCUGUUCCCAGCCCAGCACUCUAGAGGGGCAGUAUCUAAUCCCUGAUGUGAGUCAGUGUCUCUGUACCUCCAGUCCCAAUCCUGGGUUCCAGCAAUGCCAAGGAAACGGGACAAAAUCAGCCUGGGCUUGAGGAGAGGAGGACUGGAGCACCUAGGGAUCCAGGGACACGGCAGGAGGCCACUGAGCAGCUCCCUUCCUCAGUGCCCUGAACACAGCCUGUGCCUACCACACACACACACACACACUCCUCCAGAGAACCCUGGCCUGGCUUUUCCAAGAGCUGCCAGAAAUCAGGAUGAAAACCAUGGUGACUGAGGCCUUGUUCCACACACUGUUCCUGGGAUGUCAGGAUUAACGAGCUCAUUUGAUCCAGUUACAGUGAAUUUUCUUCAAAGCAAAAUUCAACACGGCAGCUUGUUAGAGUGGUGCUGGUGCCUGGAGUCAGUGACUGGCAUAGCUGCCUCCGCACUGCCACUGUCGGCUGGAGGGGACACAGUACUGCACCUGCCUUCAUAGCCAUCUCUCCUCUAGUGCCUUAGCCCAGUCUGUCUGUCCUGCCACCCCAAGUCUACCCCAGUAGCCACCAUGGGCCCCCACUGCUUCUGCACUCAGAGCCUUCUCCUGAACCAAGUAUCUAUGAGGACAGACAGGUGAG